UCUCGGUGGGGCCGGCGGGGGGCGUGUUCGGCUUUCUCUGCACCAAUUGGAAAGCCGAAGGCCCGCAGCGCGGAGCGGCUGAUUGGAGCACUCAGCGCUUGGGGCGGGGCCUGUCACCCGCCUGCAGGGGGCGAGCGCCGGGCGUGAGGAGACGCUUCCAUGGAGGGAGCGGGUGCGCGGGAGGAAUCUUCUGUGGCCGGGGACCUGCUGGCUCUGGGCUAUGAGGGUUUCCCGGGGGCGGCGUCGCUGGGCACCUCGUGCCCAGACUUCAGGGAGCUGUGCGCGCGGUUGGCGGCGGAGCUGGCGACUCUGGGCGCCCUGAGGCAGGAGCGAGAGGAGGGUGCGGAGGCGCUGCGCGCCGGCGACGGCCCCGGCGCCGAGGAGGAAUUCCUGCGACAGUUGGCAGGCCUGCUGCGAGAGCUACACUGCCCCGACCGCGCGCUCUGCGGCGCCGACUGCGCGGCCGCGCUGCAGGAGCCGGGCGCGUGCCUGCGCCUGCUGCGCUUUCUCUGUUCCGAGCUCCAGGCUGCCCGCCUCCUCCGCCGGCACCCCAAGCUCGAUACCAGUCCUGCGCCGCCUAGUGGGGAAAGAGCUGAAGAGGAAGCUGGCAUGGUCCAGGAACUGGUCCUUACACUCCAAGCCCUGGGGCUACCCAGACCCACUCCGGGGAACCCCGCCAGCGCCAGUGGGCUGCUGCGGGAAUUGCAUGCCAAGAUCUCGGAGCUUCUACCUUUACUGCCCCCGGAGUCCUUGCAGCCUCUCCUCAGCCACCCGCUGGAUGCACCCAGAUGGGAGGCUUUGGAGUCUCUGUCUCAAAGCCUGCAAUCUCAGUACUGCUGCCGCCGCUGCCUCCUCCUCACCCGCCUGGACCUCACAACAUCUGCUUUCCACUGGAGUGAUGGUUCAGAGGAGGUGCGGGAAGUGAGACCUGCUUGGGGAAGAGAUGCUUCUGAGCCACCAGCAAGGCUGCCCGUCAAGGGACCUGCUGUGCCAUCAACAAGGUGCUUAUGGGCAACGUGCCAGACCGGGGGGGCCGCCCAAAUGAGCUGGAAGCCCCCAUGCCCAGCUGGCGGAGCAGAAGAGAGGACGGAGGUGGGCGAAAAGCAGGCCGCCGGUGCUGGGGCCGCAAGAAGAAGUAAGGGACUGGCGGUUGCGGGCUGGCGGGGAGUCCUUGGUAAAGCUGACACCAUUGCCAAUCUCUGGGGAGUCGUUUGAGGGUUUCUCUUGGCACCUGGCCCCUAGGCCCCACACACCUUGUUCCUGAGGUCACAAAUGUCCUCCCUUCAUCUACUGAACACAAGGUUCUCUGAAAAAUAAAUGUAAUAUUUGA